AUGCACGGAAUUAGAGCACUGUUUUUGUUCAAAUCAACGGACUUUAAUUACGAUUUGGUAUACCAAAAACAUUUUAUUAAUGUGGAAAUAUGCGCCAAAAAUGUACAAGAUUCGAAUUAUGUAAAUGUACUCAACAUGAAAAACGUCGAAACGAUUAUUAAGAAUCAGAUAAUUAAUAAAAGGAAUGAAGAUGUGGGUGCACAUGAAACUUUUCUUGAGUUAAAUAGGACGAUAAGUUGCUACAAUAUAAGGGUAAAGAAUAAAAUAGUUCAUCCUUUUUUGUUAGUAAAAAGAGAAAAGUUUAUAUUAGUAACUCUUCUCAUAAUUGAUGAUUUAAAUUGUACAGAAGAUAUUACUAUUAUAGAAAAUAAUACAACAAAAUUACUUUAUUACAAUUUCAUGAAUGAUUUUUUAAAUUUUGUUGAAACAAAUAUUGGUAGAUAUAACCAUAGUAUUAUUACUACUACAACAAGUUAUAAUACAUUAUAUAAUAAAAUAGAAUUACAGAAAUUUACAAACUGUCUGGACUCAUAUAUAAUAUGUGUUAUUCCCUAUGGAAGACUUAAUAAAGAGAAUUGUUCUUUCUUGAAUUAUAUAAAGAAAGACAUGUACAAAUGUGGAGAUAUUUUGGAGAGUAAUUUUUUCAUUUUUUAUAAUUUUUUGUUUUUAAUAAAUAAAGAUAAUACUAUUAUGGGAAAAAAUAAAUCGGCUGAUUUUGGAAGUAAUUUUGUUGGCCUGAAUGAGGAGGAUGAGGAACAUGUCGAACUUGGCUCGUGUAAUGAACCUGGUGAGAACAAUGAAUACAGUGAAUGCUGCUCAGGUGAACAUCCAGUGAAAAAGGGAAAUUUAAGUUAUACAACAAGGAAAAAACACAACGAUAUAUUAUAUGUUAAUAGUAAACCUCCAUUUGUAGUUUAUAAAAAUGAUACCUUUAUGAACAGUAAGGUAAAAUGUAAUUUUUUUAAUUUACUGUUAAGGUUUUUUAUUAUACUAAAACAUAUAAAAAAAUUAAAUACUUUACAAUUUUCCAAAAAUUAUUAUUACCCUUUUUAUCUUUUAUUCUUUUACAAUUAUUCUAUAUUUUUUGAAAAAAAUAAAAAAAUACCCAUAAUUAAUAAAUAUGACCAAAAUGAGAACAUAAAAAUUAGCAAGCAGAAUAUUCAAACCUAUGUACCGGUUUACCUGCACGAGAAGAACAAGGACAACCGACUGCACCUACUCAUUAAAGAAGAGCUGACUUGCUUCAUAACGGAGUACCAAAAUCAAUGUGCUGAAAUAAAGGGUGAUAUAAUAUUAAAAUGCGACGACGAUAAAUAUGUAGACCUAGAUAUGACAAUCGAGUUGGACAGCGAAUGUUGUGAUGUAUAUGUUGCAGAUUUUGUUAAUAUGAGAAAAAGGCAUAAAACUGUGAACAUUCAACUUUCAAGCAAAUAUGCGAGUAGCAGAAUAUUGACCUAUUUUUACAAAAAUAUGACUUGUCCAUUUAUUGGAUUUUAUAAAUUUAAAAGAAUUAAUGAAAAACAAGUAGAAAUAAAUGUAACACUAAAAUGGAGUGAUGAAAUACCUUGCAUAAAAAUUGAAAAAAAGUCAAACGAAUAUUUGUUUUUAAGACUACCAUUCCUCAGUGAGAUUGUCCAUCAUAAUUUGAAAUGGGACUUGGGGAAGGUCAAAUUUGAAAGCAAAAAAGAAGUAAAAUGGAUGCUGGAUGAUUUAACAAGGGAAUCCCACGCGAAUCUGUCUGGAACCAUAGAAUUUAAUGAUAAGGGGAUGUCCAUGACGCAGAUGAUUGGGGAAAUUCACAUUUUUUCCAAAUGGAAUUAUUCAAAAACUAAUAUUGUUCAUGUAAAUAAAAAGUGUUCAGCUCAACAUUUCAUGCAGUCAAAACGGAUAGCUCUAAUAAGUUCUGAAGUUAUUAACAGUUCAUAA